UUUACUCUGCAAUUAAUUAUUAUUAAUAAUCAUAAUAUAAUAUGAUAAUAAAUUAUGCAUGUAUAGCAUUUCUGCUGUUUUAUUAUGUUUGACAAUUGCUUGUAAUAAUGUUUUAUUAUUGAUCAAGGCUUGCAUAUGAAUAAACAAAUAAAUAAAUCAAUUAAACACAAAACUAUGUCCUGAAGAUAUAAUUGUAACUAAUGCAAUGUGGCGCUGUUAAUAAUUUCAAUUACGGCUGGAUGUGCCCAACAAAACCCUAAUGAGGAAUUAAAAUUGUUAUAUAUUAUAAAUUACUCAAUAUCAACAUGUUGCCUUUAUUUGAGAACGUGUGUAGAGCUUGCUUGUGCAACAAUGAGUGUGAUAUGAAAACUCUCUUGGACGACAAACUGUCUUACAUUUAUUCUCUUACUACUUCUAUUGAGCUAAAUGAAAAUGAUGGAUUACCACAUAAAAUAUGUAAAAAAUGUGUUGCACAAUUAGAAUCAGUCCUAGAAUUUAGGGAGCAGUGUAUUCGAAAUGACGUGACCUUAAGACAGCAGGUAAUCAACGUUAAGCAAGAGAUACCAGAUUAUCCAUUAGAAUUGAAGCUUGAAGAACCAGAAGCAAAUUUAGAUAGUAACAAUAUAUCUGAUGACUCUGCAGAUGAUAGGGAAGAAUAUGAUCCUAGUUAUGAAGUAAAAAAACAACCUAAAAAAAGGUUAAGAAAGAGCGUGUGCAAAAAAACGAAUACUAGAUAUAAAGCCAGAGAAAAAUUUAAGUUGGAAUGUCAUAUUUGCAGUCGUAAAAUGAAAACAAAUUUAGGUUUAGAAGCUCAUUUACGUAAACAUGAGGGAAAGAAGCCUUACUACUGUGCAACAUGCAAUAGAGAGUUUAAUAAGAUGUCCGGAUUGAAACAACAUAUGUUAACUCAUCUAAGAAGACCAAGAAAUUAUUUUUGUUUGCAAUGUGACAAAUCAUUUUAUCAGCAAAGUUCUCUAAAUGCACAUAUAAAAAUACAUUUGGGAGAUGCAGGAAUAAAAGAAUACAUAUGUGAAACUUGUGGAAAAGCAUUUAUAACUAAUUCAAGAUUGGCUAGGCAUAUGCUUACUCAUUCUGAUGAAUGUCCUUUCAAAUGUGAGCAAUGCGGAAAAUCUUUUAAAGUGAAAUCGAAAUUACAAGAGCAUUCUAAACGACAUACAGGAAUAAAGAAUCAAGUUUGCUCGACAUGUGGACACAGAUUUGUAUCAGCACAUGAAUUACGAAGGCAUAUGGUGUAUCAUACUGGAAUCAAAAAAUACUCAUGCAAUGUAUGUGAAAGAUCAUUUGCUGCAAAAGGAAAUCUAGAUAGGCACCUUAGAAUGCAUGCAGGAAUAAGAACAUUUCAUUGUGACUUGUGUGAAAGAUCAUUUGCUAAAGCUGAGACUUUGAAGCAUCACCGAAUGACACAUACGGGCGAAAAACCUAAUGUAUGCACUAUCUGUGCAAAAGCUUUUAUUCAAAUGACUGCUUUAAAAACACAUAUGAAAAUUCAUCAAAAACAUGAGGUUAUAUAAUAUCUUUUCUCACAAUAUUUUAUAUUUUCUGUAAUAAAUCA